UAACGUUUCACGUGAUAAAGAAAUCGCUCCAAGAAUUCGUAAUACAAUUUGAUAUAACGAAAUAUAAAAUACCGAAUAUAAUACUUUCAUCCGUUGGAAAAGAUUAAUAUAACCAUUUAUAAAAUAACAUAACGGAAUAGAACAGUGUGUAACACUUGAUGGAAAAAAAUCAACGAAGGAUCGAAACUUGUGCGAGUGUAAUUAAUCAUUUGUGAAUAAUUUUGGUCAGAUUCGUCGAUAUUUGUGCGAUUCUCGAUUUUCGUACAACAGCGACGUAACGAGUCAGGAUAUAAAUGCGAUGUGGAUUAUCGAAUUUCACUCUUGAAAUAUUAAUUAAACGCGAUAUCGUGCGUGUUGUUCAAAGGGGAACGAUCCGUCUUGCGUUAUGCGUUAAUUAAUCAACUUCAAUGACGGAUAGUUGGUUGAGAAACGCAGAUGAUGAUUUUCCACUCUUCUUCCGAGACGUUUAUUUCCAUCGAACGAUAGCGCGCUCGAAAACGGAAAAAAAAUAUUUUGUAUAUCCUCGAAAUACUUUUAAAAUCUAUUUAUUCAUCGAUAAAUCGAAUCGAAUUAGAGAGAAAUAACGAAAAAAUAAAAUCAACUUAUCAAAUAAACUUUCGUUUAUUUUAUAAUUAAAUAAAUCUUUAAUUCUUAUAAAUUAUACUAUUGACAUUAAAAAAAAAAAAAAGAAAUCCAUCUGAAAACUGGCAAUUUAUCCGAAAAAUUUCAAGACAAGGCUCAGCCGGUAAGCGAGAAAUCAAGAGAUCAUCCUUCGGACAGGGAGGACCUGUGGUCCAAGUGCGCAGGAACGGUGAGCCAAGAGAAGGGGAAAGCCACGAUCGACGGCCACCUUCGUGGCCGCGGCUGGAUUGCGCACACGCGUGCAAUUUCCCGGGAAUCGGGUCUUUCCGGGUCUCCGACACUGUUCUUCCUCGUUCGGCUCACUCGAGUGUCCGACGCGCGACACGGCAACAGGUGACGGGUCGAGCGAUCCUUCGAAAUCAUCGUAAAAUAUCACUGUCUCUGUAAUCACAAACGUGUGUCACGAUCCACGUUGUGCUCGAAUCGAUCAUCGAGUGAACGAAGAGGGUUGUCUCGAUUUUUCGUUCGCUUCGACUUUUUUCAUCGUCCCGAUAUCUUCGGUUUUGGUUGGAGAGGAAUCGAGGAAAAGAAGAGAAAGAGAGAGAGAGAAAGAGAAAAAAGAGAGAGAAAAAAGAAACGGAAAGAUUCAGCGAGAGAAAAUGAGCGUCGAAGACGCCAUCAACUAUAAGCCUAGCGAGGAAGAGGAUUACUAUGCUCUGCUGUCGUGCGACGAGUCCUCGACGGUGGAACAGAUCACGGCGGAGUACAAGCUGCUGGCUCUCCAAUAUCAUCCCGACAAGAACGAAGGGGACAAGGAGGCUGAACGAAAAUUCCAGCAAUUGAAGCAUGCGAAGGAGGUUCUCUGUGACCCCGAGCAAAGGAGCAAAUACGACAAAUGGAGGCAUAGCGGGAUCGCCAUCAGCUACAAGCAGUGGCUCGGUUUGAAGGACAGCGUGCACCAGUCGAUGCACUGGAGCACACCGAAGACGAAGGAUCGCAUGCUGCAGGACGGUUCCGAGGAGGGGGCCGGUUCACCGGGCCACGCGGGCAAGGGUCAGUCGACGAACGCCCACAGAAGAGCAUCGGAGGGAGGGGCGAACAUCUACUACGGGGCCCGCCGCGAUCUUGGCUGGGACUCGGAGGCGCCGAGCGAGGUGGUGAACAAGUUUCGCAACUACGAGAUCUAAAAGUCGAGUCGAGGUGGCGAUUUCUCCCCUCCUAUGUCCCCGUUACGGGAGGGGGGUCUCUUGUGCGCGUGUGUCCAACCUCAAAAACCAUGGGACGAAGAAGAUGAAAUCGUUGACAUCACUCGCCGACAUCAUCGCCUCUCGUGGGAUUUGUGAUCGGCCAAUUAUUAAAUUCCGAGUUAUUAAAUUCGGUUUAUCCGGUUGGCUUCCUUUUGUUUCGUAAUCGAGAAUUUUUUUUUUUCUUUUUUUUUUUAGAAGAGGAUAAGGUAAGGGAUGUAAGUAUGUAAGCUUGUUUCCAGGGAAAUUGUUGUGUGAAAAUUGUGAAUAAGUGGAGAACGGUUGAUGAGAGAGUGAAAUUCGAAAGAUCAAAUAUCAAUCGAAUAAAUGAGACGAGAGAUCGUCUGGAAGAAGGGAAAAGAUGAUGUAUAGAUUUUUUUUCCUUUUCUUUUUCUUUCUCGCGAUUCCUUUCAAAAAGGGAAUCCUUCAAGAGGGAAAUUAAAUUAAAUAGUUGUUUCUACUAACGUAACGUUGCUCGCCAAGUGAAGAAUUCACUUAAGUGGUCCAGUUUUCGUAUUUGUCACAUUAUCAAUUUUCGAUUAAAAUCAAAACUGGAAAACCGACCGAUUAACUUGGGUAACUUCUUGUAUCGUCGAGUAGCUAGAGGAAAGAAAGAAAGAAAGAAAAAAAGAAAAAUAAAUAAAUAAAUAAAUAAAUAAAAAAAGUAACUCGUUGUUUCUACUGUAUAUCGAGUACCACGAGUAUAUUCGUCAGUGUCAAAAAAUACUCGAACAGUUUAAUCACAGUGUGAAUCGAAGAGAAAAAAAGUAAGGAGAAAGGAGAGGAGGAGAGCACGAACAUAUCGAAGUAUAUUUUCGAACGAUGGCUCGAGCGUUCGAGGCUUGGAUAAAUUGUUCGAGUAUGAUUAUUCGACUGUCGAGCAAAUCGAUGAUCGGCGCACUUGUACCUGUGUCAAACGCAAAAUAUAAAUAUAUAUCGUUUUUCUCUCGACCACACUUGUGAUUGUUCAAAACGAAAUCGUAACCGGUAAUAAUAUAAUGAUAGUUCUCGCGUUAUUAUUCCUUGAUAGUGUUGUAUCCCUUCCGUAUUUCGAUCAAUCCUUUCGCUUUUAUUCCGAAUAAAAAUUUCACGAGGAAAAAAAAAAAGAAAAAAGAAAAAGAAUCGAUCGGACGAAACGUUUAUGACUUCGACCUCAUCAUCAGACGUAGACUGAAAAAAAAGGGGAACAAUAACAUAACAAAGAAACGGUGGAUCAAUUUUGCGACGAACAAUCCAAAAAAAAAAAAAAAAAAAGAAAAUGUUCGAACCGAUCCCCCUUGUGAAAAUUCGCGAAUUUUUUCUCCGAAAGGUUUGAUUGAUACUAUUACGCGUACGAGCGAAAGGAUUGAACGAUAUUCCUUGAUUAAUUUUCACUCUCGUUCAUGGUUAAAUAGGAUUUCGUGUCACGACAGCGAGUUACAUAUUUAUAUAUUUCCUUCGUAUCUUCUUUUAUUUUCUUUUCUUUUUUUUUUUCUUCUUCCUCGAUAACCGAUUAGUUUUCGUUACUUUAUUUGUAUUAUCCGUAUAAUAUAACAAUGCGUGUAUUAGGUGGUUGAAAAAGUUGCGUCGGUUAAUCGUUAUUAUAUCUAAUAAUUUUCCUUCUAAUUCGCUUGAUUUUAUCUUUUAAAGAUAUUUUAAAAUCGAGGUAUUGCUUUUGGUAUCUCUUUCCUUUGAUCGUUGAGAGAGAGAGAGAGANAGAGAGAGAGAGAGAGAGAGAGAGAGAGAGAGAGAGAGAGAGAGAGAGAGAGAGAGAGA